AUUUGUCCGCAACAAAACUCUUUAAGUAUCCUCAAUGACACAUAACCAUCAUUCGUGUCUAAUUCUCAGUUUAUGUGAAGAAAUUGACAACAUUGCUUCACAAGACUCGAUAAAACGUUCCUUUCAUUAAGAUGAAUGGUAACUGGGCCAAUAAAAACGCUAAAUUUCCGACGUUGAAAGGAUUAAGUCUUGCUUAUUUUAAAUUCAUUUAUUAUUCGAGUUUUUACGUUAAAGCGAUGUUAACUCUCCCUCAAAAUACAAUGUCACGACCCUUAAUACUGGCCGUGGCUAUGGGACGAAUUCAUUGGCUGCUGCAGGGAGGAUAAUAUCCACCAAAUGAAGAUAUAACCGCCCAUAUAUGGGCAGAUUGACGGUUUAUUGUACGCGAUUGUCGGGAUAACUGAUGGUGGCUGAAAUGUAAACAAUUCAGUGUUGGAACUAAACUAGGAGCUUCAUCUGUCCUCUAGUUAAAGGAGAUAACCACACUUUAACAACUUCAGUAGCCGAUGUUGAGUGUUAACCAUUAAAAUCCAGUUGCAAAAUGCCGCGACCAGGAAGGAAUACCUACAAUGACCAGAAGCCACCUUACUCUUAUAUUGCUCUCACGGCUAUGGCUAUUCAAAAUUCUGCGGAAAAAAUGUUGCCACUAAGUGAUAUUUACAAAUUCAUCAUGGACAGGUUUCCUUUUUACCGACAAAACACCCAGAGGUGGCAGAAUUCAUUACGUCAUAACCUGUCAUUUAACGACUGUUUCAUCAAAAUUCCUCGUCGUCCGGACAGACCCGGCAAAGGAAGUUACUGGGCUUUGCAUCCGAUGUCUGGGGAUAUGUUCGAAAAUGGAAGCUUUUUACGGAGAAGAAAACGCUUUAAGAUGACAUUUCGACAUCAACUGCCCCUAUCGGAGAGUCUAAAGCACACCUUAGCGUUGGAAUCUCGAAUUUACCAAGAUAAUUCUCGAAUGAACUAUUUUGCAAUGAACAAUCAGGCUGUGUCCCCCUCCACCGGAACUCUGACCGGUCACGGAAACUCAUCAAACAGGAAACAACCGUUUACGAUAGAAAACAUCAUUGCCCCUGAUCAGAAAUCAAACGUUCCGUCUCUACCCCCACCCCUGACUCCAACAGCAUUGCCGGCGUUUGCAUCGCAAUUCGCCAAUAACUUGUCCUAUGGGGCACCAUUUUCGGCCGGGAAUAUCUUUUCCACGCUUGCAUCAGCGUACAAAAUUACGUCGGAUUAUGAAUGUAUUUUAAAAUCUAGGCGAUCUGCAGACUUUUCACUUCCUCCUCUUGCAUCGCUACCGAUAAAACCUUCACCAGUGUCCGCUCUGAAUUUGGCCACCUCACAAAGACAUAGUAUUGCAGAUAAGAUGAGGUACCCACCAAUGGGAAAUUCCAGUUACGGUGUGUCUGAGGAGAAAUCCCUUGUAUGUUGUACGAAAGUAAGCGCAUGAAAUCUAUUACCUAAGACUGUUUUUUAUAGAUAGGGACACGCUAAGUACAUGUUCUAUAAUGUGAUUUUACAAAAUCAAAUGAAAUAAAGAAUACUCAAAACAGUAUAUUUUGUUUUGUAAUGAUAAAUUUAAUCGAUAUAUGUUUCAUAAAAUGAACUUGUAAAUAGCAGGUAGAACUUGAAUUGCACUGAAAAAAAUUUAAAUGUUUAAUUAUAAUAAUGAAAUUUUCGCAGUAGUACAAAACUGGGAGAAAACUGAUGAAGGUUUGACCGUCUUAGUUAAUUUGUAUUUUUUAUAAUUUGUACAAACAGUUUUAUUGUAAAUGAAUUAAACGAAUUAUUUUUAUUCACUAUGUGUAUAGUACUUUUUACAUUUCAAUGCAAGUCGGAAACUGCUAAUUAAAGAUUCAAAAUUUACAGAAAGUGUUUGUUUGUUUUAGUUUCAGAGAAAAGGAAAUCUUGUUUGUUUUUUGAAAAUAAUUCAAUUAAGCUCUAGAUUUAAAACAAUUACAAGUCAAAAUUGUUUUGUAUAGAAAUAAAAAGUUUGAAAAUUUGCCUAACCAACGCGUGAAAAUAAAGUAGCACGUGAAGCAAGAUUUUAAAAAAGUGUUACUUACACAAAUCAAAUAACCAGCAUCAAUGGUACUAUCAAGACCUGGGUUUUAAAAAAAUACGCCUCUGUGAUAAUUAAUAACUGGCAAGAAAAAAUUACGUAAACUAUUUAGAAGUAAAAUAUCAUUGAAUUGCAAUUGAUCAUUACUAAAUCCUUUUGUUGUAAUUCAGUUUUGCAACUCGGUGAAAUAGGUCAUGAAAAAUAUUACUAUCAUGAUCCUAUAUUCACAAAAAUCGUCCUAUGCUAAAGAUUAUUUUGCUUGUUCUUAAUUGAAAUGUUGGCGGAAACAUCAUGUUAAAAUAAGGUCAUUUAAUUAAAACCUGAUAGCCGUGUUCUUUUUUUCCCGACGAAAAGGGAAACCUUCAUAUUGUGUGUCUCACGUUUUAAAAAACAGUAUGAUUAAAUAUAACUUUAUACAGUUAUUAGAAUAUUGACUUGUGUACUAAUGUGUGGGUAAAUAUUCACAGUAUAUUAAUUAUUGACAAUUUUACUUUCACGAUUUUGAUGUCUAAAAUUGUAUCAAAUCAUGAGUUCGAAGCCAAUUUUUCAU